GCCACCGCCUACCUCGUCUUCUUGUCCGUUUCGUUCCAUCCCCGCGAUCUUGACUUCUCCCAGAAACCCGCCUCUACGCCUCGUGCACUCCGCCGCCGCCAGGUUGGGGCUGGACUCUCGAGCGGCCAUGGGUUCAGACGUCGUCGGACCGAGAGAUGUAUGUGUUGUUGGGGUUGCACGCACCCCUAUGGGUAGUUUCCUUGGCGGUUUGUCUUCCUUGCCUGCAACGAAACUUGGCGCUAUAGCAAUUGAAGCUGCUCUGAAGAGGGCAAAUGUGGAUCCAUCGGCUGUGCAGGAGGUCUUCUUUGGCAAUGUCUUGAGUGCUAACUUGGGGCAAGCUCCUGCGAGACAAGCUGCUUUAGGUGCAGGGAUACCAAAUACGGUUGUUUGCACAACAGUCAACAAAGUUUGCGCAUCUGGCAUGAAAGCGACGAUGUUUGCUGCACAGUCAAUUCAACUGGGCAUCAAUGAUAUUGUUGUGGCAGGUGGCAUGGAAAGCAUGUCGAAUGCUCCGAAAUACAUUGCUGAAGCUAGAAAAGGAUCUCGUUUCGGACACGACAGCCUUGUUGAUGGUAUGCUUAAGGAUGGCCUUUGGGAUGUAUACGGUGAUUGUGCCAUGGGAGUGUGUGCUGAGCUUUGUGCUGACAAUCAUGCCCUGACGAGGGAAGACCAGGAUGCAUUUGCUAUUCAAAGUAAUGAGCGUGGAAUCGCUGCUCGUGACAGUGGUGCUUUUGCAUGGGAGAUUGUUCCGAUUGAAGUUCCUGUUGGUAGAGGGAAACCUCCAGUUCUUGUUGACAAAGAUGAAAGCCUAGACAAGUUUGACCCAGUGAAACUGAAGAAGCUUCGACCAAGUUUCAAGGAGAAUGCUGGUACUGUUACUGCUGGAAAUGCUUCUAGUAUAAGUGAUGGUGCUGCUGCGUUAGUAUUGGUGAGUGGGAAGAAGGCUCAAGAACUUGGAUUGCAUGUCCUUGCAAGGAUUAAUGGUUUUGCCGAUGCAGCACAAGCCCCUGAACUAUUUACCACUACACCAGCACUUGCUAUACCGAAGGCUCUCGCGAAUGCUGGCCUAGAGUCUUCUCGUGUUGAUUUUUAUGAAAUUAAUGAAGCAUUUGCAGCUGUUGCACUUGCAAAUCAAAAGCUUCUCGGCAUUCCUUCAGAAAAGAUUAAUGUACAUGGAGGAGCCGUGUCUUUAGGACACCCGCUUGGAUGCAGUGGUGCUCGCAUUUUGGUCACCCUCCUUGGCGUUCUCCGGGAGAAGGGUGGCAAAAUUGGGGUUGCUGGUGUGUGCAACGGCGGGGGCGGAGCAUCCGCACUUGUUUUAGAGCUUGCGUAGGAGUUUAAACUCAAGGUCGACCCUGUAACACCAAAGAUGGAACCCGGAUGCGUUCAGUGCACGAUGAACCUGGAUGCAUUCGGUACUGUCAACAUGUAAAAUUCUAUUCUACCGCAGCUGUAUCACGUAUUCUACGUUUUCACUUUGGGCUGUAACUGUUUGGAUAUUCUCAGUUUAAUAAUAAUAUUAAUUGCAAUAAAGCAUGCUUGUGCUGCCAA